AUCAAAUGAUUAGGUUAUUUGUCAUUAAGGUGCACAGACGUGUGCCUGGAUAAAUUUGCUUUGGGAUUUGAACAUUGUGUGCAAAAUGAGAUUUGAACUUAAUUUCAAACUUUAUUAGUUUUGAAAUACAUUGGUGAAUUUAUAUGAGUGCAGUGAUAGUGUGAAAGUUACAAACAUAUAUUCAAAGAUCACCAUGUGGCUGUUUCUCCUGCUCUUCAUGGUGCCAGUGCUUGGGCAGCAGCCGUGGGUUCCGUGCUCAGAGCUGAACGAUGACCUUCGGUACCCCUGCCGGUGUCGGGUCCAGGUGGAUAGGACCCUGCAGCUGAGGAUCCUGAUGAACUGUGACCGGGUGGUCUUCCCUGGAGACUUCCCACCUCUGCCUUAUGGAGCCCCGAUCAUAUCUUUCAGCCAGCGGUGGUCUGGGCAACAGGCCUUGCCUACACAGGGUUUGAAAUACUUACCGAUCGUAACACCGUGUCGCCCGCUUGCCGCCGGCGAUCGCUUCCUGUGCUCUACGGACAACCAGGCUCUACAUAACGAGCCUACCUGCGUGGAACAGCUGAUGAGGUUUAGUAAGGACCUUACCUCCUGCAAGCAGCACCAGAAGCUGGAAGAAGUAAAACUCCAGCAGCUCAACGCGAACGCACGCCACAAUCGGGACUAA